AUGGGUUCUCUUUUUUCCUUGUUAUCUGAAGAAUUGAUGAUUAAGAUCCUAGAGGAACUUCCCCUGAAGCUCUUGUGCAGAUUGAGAGCCGUAUACAAAUCAUGGGAGCGUUUGCUCACGUCGCGCUUGCUUGUCCCACAUCUUUGCCGGCAACCUUUCCAUCUGUUUCUGCAACACAGACAUGGUUAUGAUGUGACUACAUUAUUUGGGUUUGGUCGUGUGACCACAUUAUUUGGGUUUGGUUUUGACCUUAGCAGAAAGGUAGCCUAUGAAGAAAUACAGUUUCACCAUGCAGGAAUAAGUUGCUUUACUUGUGGUGAUGGUAUUAUAUGCUGCCUUAAACUGUCGGAACCUGAUCUACUUGCCAUUGCGAACCCUCUAACUGAAGAGGACCUCUUCCCCUUACCGAAAUUGGAACUCAUUGUGUUGAAUUUCGGUUUUCAUGUCGAUCCCAUCACCCGGAACUUCAAGGUGUUAGCUAGGACAGGUACACAUGGUUAUCAAUACAUCAAUGCCUUUUGGAUCUUUGAUUCAUCAAAGUGGAACUGGAGGUUGCUAAAAGAUCAGCUACCGGAUGUUACAAUGCGACACAGAGAACCACUUGUGUGA